CCUAAACGGAUUGUCUGAUAAUGUCUGAUACCGAGUUGAAUUGAAGUUACUCAAAUCGUUCUUACCCGAGCUAACCACUCACGCCGUUAUCGAGUUAUUAUGGGUGCUAAAUCAAGAUCCACAAAAACUUGGUUAAUUUGCGAGUAGAAUAUUUGGGGAAAUUGUAAUUUUCCUCAAUUUAACAUAAUAAACAAAACUCCCCUCCGCAAGGCCGUACUACAGAUAUGGUGAAAAAACGGAACACACACCAUCGGCAGCUGUAAAAUAACAGAUCUUUUCCCCUCUCAACCAAUCAGCUUAACUUCUUCCGCCGAUCGAUCAUCAAUGGAGGGUGUUGGGGCCAGAUUUGGCCGAUCCUCGUCUCGGUACGGCCCCGCCACCGUAUUCACCGGUCCCGUCCGCAAGUGGAGGAAGAAAUGGGUCCCCGUACCGCCGUCCAGCUCCAACCACCAGCAUCACUCGGCGGCCAACGGAGCUGGAAAUGGGACUAAUAGCUCCAGUCACCUCAUGCUCUUCAAGUGGACUCCGAUCACCCCCAGCCAGAACAAGGAGGGUAAUGGUAAUAAUCAUAAUAACAACAACUAUGGCACUACCGACUCCAAGGUAUCACCUGAGGACGACGCCGGUUCGGCAGAGGAGCCUCCGAGGAGAAAGUUCAAGUAUAUCCCGAUUGAUGUGCUUGAAGAACUAAAGAAUGAGUCAUCGGAACAGAUUGAGGAUGAAGCUAAGGUGAAUGAUAUAGACGAAAACGCAGAGGAAUUGACCUCCAAAAGUGAUGGAUAUGAUGGGAAGCCUGACAUCAAUGAUGUGCCCACGGAUGAAACUGAGGAUCCAAAGAAAAGUCCAGUUGAACGGCAGGAUCUGAAUGAAAGCACGUUGGAACUAAGUUUGGGCUUCAAAGUCGAGGCAGAAGAUGUUCAGGCUAAGGAAGACCAGCUUGAAUGAGUGAAGCAUAAUGGUCAUUGAACGUUACAGUAGCUGCGAAUAUACGGUAAUAAGUCUAAGAGUAAAGAAGUGCUAAGUUAUGCAAAUUUAGCCUUUGCAGGAGUUCCUGGCUUAUUUUCAAGGAGGAUUAAUGGUUCGAGAAACAGCCUUUUCGGUCUCGUGCAUCUUCAAAACAGUCUAGCCUCAAAACAGCUUUGAUUCUGUGAAUUAGAGGCAUUUGAAUCUGAGCACUUCAGGCUUCGCCUUCACGGGCUGGGUACUAUUGGAUUUCUCGGAUUUAGCGCGGUUUGCCGUUUUGGGCCUUUCUUCUGUGUUUUUCCUCACUGUUUGAGCUUUUGGGAACCCAAAUCUAGAACAAUUGAAUCCAAUUGCAUGAGGCUAUGAGAACUUUAUGAUGCUGAGAUGAAUAUUUCCGCACAAGGGCAUGAUUGGUACAAUGACCUAUAUCAUCUUAUAAUAUUUUAUAAGGAACCGAUAAUAUAAUCUUUUGUGCGAUG